AUGUCAGCUAUUGGAUCUCUUGUCUUCUGCACCGACUGCGGCAACCUGCUUGAUGGCUCUGUAGGGCAGCAACAGAAUGUAGUAUUGACGUGCGGUGUCUGUGGUGCGCACAACAAAGACACAUCUUCAAAGACUGUCGUGACAGUUUCCAAACCUACCGCUUUUCCCUCGACUCUGCGCGCGAAGAGAUCAGAGGUACAGACCAUUUCCGAGGAAGACGUGCAGACGACCAGUGUAAUCAACCACCCAUGCGAAAAAUGCGGAAAGGAACAGGUGCGAUACUACACACAACAACUGCGAAGUGCAGAUGAAGGAACCACUGUGUUUUACGAGUGCGAUUGCGGUCACAAAUGGAACACAAACAAUUGA